AUCGCUCUAAAUUGACGAAAAAAUUCCAAGUUUGACUUUGGCCAAAUCAAGAGAUUUUUACUAAUUUCUUUGAAAGUGAACAAAGUAAUCAAUUAUUUAUUAAUUACUUUUAUUUUUAAGGGUGGAAUAGUUUUCAAACAAACGUUGAACUAUGGAAAACGACAGUAAUAAGCCUUACAAGAUAUGCGAUGUAAACCGAGACAAAAAGAAAGGAAUUGUAGCUUCAUCGCUGGAAGAUUUACUUGCAAAAGUGCCGGAAAAAUUAGGUCUACCUUCAGAACACCUCACAGUUGUAUUAGAGUCCGAUGGAACAGAAGUAGAUGACGAAGAUUAUUUUUCCACUCUCGACCCUGAUACUUCUCUUAUGAUUUUGCAUGGUAAUGAAAAAUGGGCUCCUAACAUGCCAAAAUGCCAAGUGUCUCUAGAUCAAACAGAUGAAGUCACUCUAGGAGACAAAAGUCAAGUGGCCAAUCUUGUAGGCCGCCUACAACACAAUCUUUGUCAUAUUUCAUUACUAGGUGGCCAAGAUCUUGAACUACUGUCGGACAUGGACCCUGAUAGUCUCGCUGAUAUUGUUACUGACAGGGACAACAGAAUAAUCUUGGAACAUAUCAAGGAGGCAUCUGGAAGAAUUUUAUUAGAAAAACGUCAAGCUCAAGAUGCAAUGGAACUGCUAAAGCUAUAUCAUCAAAGUGUUGCUAAUGGGACAGAAGAUGUGUCUCCACCAAAACAAGAGAGAGUGUAGAAUGUCAUCAGAAUAACAAUGGUAACCCACUAAAUUAACCCUCGAUUUAUUUUUAGGGGAUGGUACAUCUCAAAAGUUUACAAAGACUUACUUACUUUCCAGUAAUUUGUCUGACCGCAUUUAUUUGCAAAAUAUUAUUUCUUUCUUAACCAGAAAGUUUUAUUUAAAAAAAGGUUCAAUUUAAACAUGUUAAUCUAAUUAAAUAGUAUUUACUGUUAUUGAAUUAUUUGAUACACCAAGAGAAUGAGGCCUUUUUUUCUAGUUUAUAAUAAGUAUUUGAAGCUUUUAUAUGAAUAUUAUACAAGGGUAGAUUUGCUUUGUAUUGAAAUUUAGAAAUCCCUGAUCCUGAGUGAUUAGACUUUAAUUCAUUCAAGCUUUUAGCUAAAUUUACUGCUAUAAGAAAUUAAGUAAAUAACAGUCAACCUAAAUCAUCUAAAAUAAAAAUUAUUUCAUAUUUUAGUUAGGGCUAGGAGGGGGUUAGGUAUAAAAAGGUAAGUAAUGUGAUGCAAUUGUGGGAGUUAGUUAUUAUAAGACGCUAAUCUUAUGAAUAUGAGCUAAAAUCGAAAGGUAAUCAUAUACAUACUGUCAUUUUAAGAAUUUAUGUAAUUAUAGUGUUGUGGGCAUUUAUCAUUGAGUAUUUCAUAAUACAUUCCCAGCAAAAUUCUAGUAAUUCAGUAGUUUCAUGGUAAUUAAAUUAAAUUAUGUGUUAAUGUAAACUAAAUUGGUACCUAUUUUGUAUACAAAAUGCUGUGUUUAAUCAUUUGUUUUCAUAUUUAGAACAUCAGGUAUGGUAGUAUAAGUAUUAUCUUUAGUAUACUUAUAACAAUACGACAAUAGAUAUGCUAGAAAUUAAGCAUUUAUUAAUAAAUUAGGAUUUGAUUUAUUGUGGAUUUAAUUUUGAGCUUUUUGUAAACUUUUGAGGAAAAAUUUGCCGCAAGGUUGGUAAACAACAUCAAUUCAAAAGACUGAUAGUGGUAAUUUUUUUUUAUAUAGUUUUACCCCUAGAAUAAGAUUUGUUAUUUUGAUUCCAAGUUUGCUCAAACAAUUUACAAAAAGAUAUGAAAUAAUUUCAUCUGUUUGAUUCUACUGCCAUAGCUUGAAAAUCAGGAUGGAAAUCAUUGCAUAUAGUAAACCUUUAACAAUGUUGGGGUAUAAUGUUGGAAAUAAUUGUAUGAUGCCAAAAAUAUUUUUUCCUCAUUUGGUUUAAAUUAUUUAAGUUCACAACUAAAAUGUAUUUAUUAAGUUUUAUUAUCAUGUCUAUACUGUGUUCUCCUCAAGUAUUUAUGAUAUGUAGUUAAAUACUUAUACGUCAUAGACUGCUGUU